UCGCGGGCUAUAUCACGUGCUUACUCCAUGAUUGAGACAUCACUGAGACGUACAUGACGUGUUUUUAUCAAUAUUUAAGCAUGCUGGAGCAAAAGAGAGAUUGGAGAAGCCCGACAAAGCCUUGGGCUAAAGCAAUAGAAAAGCAAAAGAUUUGAGCAGUGGCGUUUGCUCAUCAUCAAUGAUGGAGACUGUGCUAUUCGUGGGUCCUGUUGUGCAUACUAAGAAGGAGGGAAUGAUUGAAAUUUUGGAUGAAGCCGCAGUUCUUAUAAAAGAUGGAAAGAUCAUGAGUGUAGGCGAGGCUUCAUCAAGUUUGGAUGUGAAGGCAGAUAAAAUAAUUCAUCUGCAAGAUGGACAGCUACUUAUUCCUGGAUUCAUCGACUGUCAUAUUCAUGCAGUUCAACUACCCAAUCUUGGGAUUGGGUAUGACAGAUGUUUGAUGGAAUGGCUUGAGAAGUACACAUUUCCCUUGGAGAGGAAAUACUCGGAUGUCGAAUUUGCUAAUAGAGUUUACGAUACUGUAGUUGAACAAACAUUGAAUGCCGGGACAACAACCGCUUGCUAUUUCGCUUCCCUCUAUGGAAAAUCCUCGGUCAUCUUGGCAGAGAAAGCAUCAAAAUACGGACAGAGAGCUUUCAUUGGAAAAGUCAAUAUGAACGCACCUCGUGAUGAUGGAUAUUGCGAAACUACUGAAGAGUCUCUCCAAGCAACAACAGAGUUCAUCAAUGAUAUCUCAAAUAUUGAUAAUCCAUUAAUAAAGCCGGUAGUAACUCCGAGAUUCGCUCUCAGUUGUGACAUGGAUCUAAUGAAAGGACUUGCUAAAUUGGCGGAGGAUAAAAAUCUCCUUAUUCAGACACACGUGUCUGAAAAUCUGGCAGAAAUUGAAAUAUGCAAGAAGAUGUAUCCAGAAUGUUCAACCUACGUCAGUGUGUAUGAAGAAGCCGGACUGCUGACAAAGAAGACGGUGCUGGCUCACGGAGUGCAUUUGGAAGACUCAGAGCUGGAAAUAUUGAAAAAUCGAAAAACCUCUAUUAUCCAUUGUCCAACAUCAAACACAUGUUUGCGUAGUGGUCUCUGUGAUGUUAAACGACUGAAAUCGAAGGGAAUAAAUGUUGGACUGGGUACAGAUGUAGCUGGGGGUCAUAGUGUUUCUAUCCUUGACGUGAUGAGAUCUGCUCUGCAAGUUUCGACUCAUCUUGCAUUCUUUAAGAAAGGAUAUGAACCUUUGAACUACAUCGACGUUUUUUACCUCGCUACAUUAGGUGGAGCUAAGGCACUGGCAAUCGAGGACCAGGUAGGCAGCUUUGAACCUGGGAAGCAAUUUGACGCUCUUAUUAUUGACACGAACAAACCCAAUGGUCCACUCAACAAUUUAUCUGAAUGGACUAUCGAAGAGCAACUUCAGAGGUUUAUCUACUCUGGGGACGAUAGAAACAUAUCACAAGUAUUUGUUGCUGGCCAUCAAGUUAAAUAAUCAAUAGACGACAGUUUUCAUUUAUAAAAUGUUCGCUAUUUUUGUGAAAAUGAAAUAUUUUUGUGCGCGGCGAUUGCUACACAAUAUCAUUAUAUCUUAUAUUUUUUAUACAAAAUAAAAUCACUGAUGAGUUUCCAAAAA